ACCUCAGCUUCCGGCGAGGCUCUGACGGGAAGAUGGCUGCUGCCUGGCUGCUCUUGCUCGCCGCCUGUAUGGGCCCGGUCGCCUCCCUCUACUUCCAUAUAGGCGAGACUGAGAAGAAAUGUUUCAUUGAGGAGAUUCCGGACGAAACCAUGGUGAUAGGAAAUUACCGCACCCAGCUUUAUGACAAGCAGAGGGAUGAGUAUUUACCCGCAACGCCUGGCCUCGGCAUGUUUGUCGAAGUGAAGGACCCAGAUGAUAAAAUUAUCCUUUCUCGUCAGUACGGAUCAGAGGGCCGCUUCACCUUCACUUCCCACACCCCCGGGGAACACCAGAUAUGUCUCCAUUCUAACUCCACCAAGUUCUCUCUCUUUGCUGGUGGGAUGUUGAGGGUUCACCUUGACAUCCAAGUUGGAGAACAUGCCAACGACUAUGCCCAAAUUGCAGCCAAGGACAAAUUGAGCGAGCUACAGCUACGUGUGCGACAGUUGAUCGAACAAGUGGAACAGAUUCAAAAGGAACAAAAUUACCAAAGGUGGCGGGAGGAGAGAUUCCGACAGACAAGUGAAAGCACCAACCAGCGCGUCCUAUGGUGGUCGAUUGCUCAGACACUGAUACUUGUGGCUAUUGGAGUCUGGCAGAUGAGGCAUCUGAAGAGUUUCUUUGAAGCCAAGAAACUGGUGUAAACUUUAUGAUAUGAAGCAGUGUCUGCUUUACCAGAAGUGUUGGACCCACCUCCAGCUGGGUGUUUUCCACCAGUAAAACCCAAUAGGAUGGAACUGUAUGUUACACGGUGACUCCAGCAUGUGGGAUCAGAACACUCUGCUUGGAUCACUAAUGUCAUAUUGUCCCUGUCAAUACCAGAGGGAACUAUCCUAAAAUAUUGAAUGAGAUUGUUGCUGUUUACCAUUCAUUGUUAAUAUUGAAUUUUUGCAUUUUUGUCAUACAGAACUUGUACCAAAAGCCAACGGUAUAAGCAUUUUUCCCCUCACUUUUUCUCCCAUAAUGCAGAAAUCAGGUAAAUUAUUCUAGCAGUAAAAAUUCAUAAUUAUUUUUUUUUUUUCUGUUUGCUUAAUUGUUUUUAUGGUGAAGCGGUCUUGGGUUAAUUUUAUGUGCUUUUAUCAUGACUCAUGUUUAUAGAUUUUUCUUUUCUUAGACUUGGAUAAGAAGUGAUAUGGAUAUUCCUACCUGGCCCAGGUUUGCACUGCACUGGAGGAAACUGCUGCAGUGGCUUCAUUGUCCCGAGUUUGGGCUUGCUGCUGCUGUACUGUCACUAUGAGAUUUUAGAAUACCACGUUUUGAGAUUAAAUUGCACUUGCCAAAUAGCUGUACCACCUGCAGUAAUAAUCUCCGAGACUGUCUGUAAACUGGCUCCCUUCUGUUUUCAGGGGAUUAAGCCACUAGGAUCCCCAGCUACAUGGGUCCUGUUGUAAAUGAAUUUGAAUGUCUGGGUUUUUCAUGUUUUGCAUUUAAAUAAAAACCAAAUUUCCCUCCA